AUCUUCGACUCCAUGUCAGGUCUGCCGAAAUUGGACGUGAUUCGCAACCACCUCAAGGGAGAAGGCAGACUGUCCGAGGGCGGAGCUUUGAAGGUACUCAAAACGGCUACUGAUCUCUUAGCCGAAGAGCCGACUAUGCUGGAAGUACCUGCUCCUGUUAUCAUCUGUGGAGACAUCCACGGACAGUACUAUGAUCUGCUCAAACUACUCAACAUAGGAGGCUCGGCUAGUUCGAACACUUACCUCUUUCUGGGGGAUUACGUGGAUAGAGGCAUGUUCAGCAUAGAGUGUGUACUGCUUCUGUACGCUAUGAAGAUAGCAUACCCGAAGAACGUCCUCAUGUUGAGAGGCAACCACGAGUGCCGACACCUGACCAAAGUGUUCACAUUUAAAGACGAGUGUCUGGCUAAGUACAACGACACAGUGUACAAGGCAUGCAUGGAGUCUUUUGACGCCCUCCCUCUUGCGGCCAUAGUGAACAAACAUUUCAACGACAAACUUGGACCAACUGGUGACGCCAUGACUGACAUGCUGUGGUCUGACCCCACCAAGAACUAUGGUAACGAGAGUUCAAAUGAGCAGUACACCUACAACACUUCUCGACAGGGAUGUUCGUACUUCUACACGUACAACGCAGUCUGUGACUUCCUCAAGUUCAAUGACCUCAUAUCGGUGAUCAGGGGUCACGAGGCACAGGAUGCAGGAUACAGGAUGUACAAGACAGGCAAGACCUCAAAGUUCCCCUCUCUGAUCACUAUCUUCUCAGCACCCAACUACUGCGAGACGUACGGCAACAAGGCGGUCGUGCUAUGCUACGAAAGAGGCAACCUCAAUUUGAAGACCUUUCUGAGCCAGCCCCACCCCUAUUGGCUGCCCAACUUCCAGAACGGACUGGUGUGGUCUCUCCCAUUUGCAGCCAAACUCAUCACACAUCUCCUGCUGGCAUUGUGCCAAGUGUGCACUGAAGAAGAGUUGUCGCGAGCGAGUGAGAUAGACGACACCCUGCUGAACAAGAUGAAGGCGGUGAGCAAGAUGGCUGACUACUAUGACCACGUGGCAGACGACAACGAUCUCGCUGUCAAAAUGAAGGGCAAGUACAAGAGGACUCUUUGUGUAUGUAUUGAUGAAUGA